GUCCUUGUGGCGAAUGCUGGAGCUUCACUGGAAGAGACCCCUCUGGCAACCAACAUAUACGAUCUCCCGCAGGAUGAGCAGCGUGUUAUCGCGGAGCAAUGCCAGCGUUGGCGUGGGCCAGCAAAGAGGGAGAGCCUGUUCGGGCAGAGUAUCCUGGAGGUGGAGGGCUUGCCGCCAACUCCACCUGAGCCUGUGCACACGGAGGGACUCGAGACCUGCGAUGAUGUUGGCAGAUCCAACGUGUUGUGGGCUCUCCUAUGCAGCGCCCCUCAAGAAUUCUGCUGCGCCAUGGAUGGUCAGCUGAUGAUGGAUCCUGUUCAGACACCUCAGGCCCAGCACAUUGAAGUCCAAGUUGUCAGCGGCAGCCUGCCUUGGUCCUUGUCAGGGACUUGUCUUCGAACGCGCGCGUUUGGCACAAGCUUUGAUGGGGAGUGUGCCUGGUAG